GCGUGUUCCUUUCUUGUCUUGCAGUGCGCUUUUCAGACGAAAUCCCUAAUUCUGUGCUCGUAAGUUUCCCUCUUCUCUUUUCCCCUUCCACUAUUUCGAUCUUCGCUUUCAAUUUCCUUCAUUCUUCAUAUUUUACUUUCAAUUUAUAAACUUUUGAAAUCUUAAAUUAAAAAAUUAGUGCCCAUUUUCGUAUUCGAUCUGAAAUUGCAACGGUUUGCUUUCAAUUGCAGAAAAUCAAAUUGGGGGAAAACUCUCAAAAGCUAGGUUUAAGAAAUUGAAUUGCUUUACAUUUUUUGGGUAGAUGUAAAUAUUGAUUCUUUGUGGAAAAACUAUAGUAGAAUAAGUAACCAUGUGAUUAUAGUUUGAUGGUUUUAUUCAGCUUAUUUUUUAAUUGUGUGGUUUGAAUUUCAAUGUUUGGAAAAUUAAAUAAUCAUUUUUUGUUGAAGUUGUUGGUGUGUAAAUAGCGGUGGAAAUAGGCUGGGUCGAGUUAGGCUUUGCAAGUAGUCUGUCAUAAGCUUAUUUCCUAGGCUAAACAGUAGGUCCUAUAGGCCGGCCUGUACAUGUUACAUUGCAAGGAGAAAGAGACGAGUUUUGUUUAAGUAAACUGUGGUAUGCUUGCAUAUUAUUCAGUCUGCAUUCUGUUUAGUGAGGAUUGUAUUGAGCUGAUCAAGGUGAAUAUAAAAGACGGAGUGUAUGAUUAUGCUAUGUCUUGGUGAGAAUAUCAAGCCUUAAAAAGUGUCCUUUGAACUAUUACCGAUGGAGGAUUUAGAUGACGAGGAAACAUCAUCAAAUAAUGUUGAUGAAGUAAAAGUCACUAAUACUCCAUUGAUUUGUGGCCUUCCUGAUGAUAUUUCUCUUUUGUGUCUGGCAAGAGUUCCUCGAAAAUAUCAUUCAGUUCUGAAGGCUGUCUCAAAAAGAUGGAGGGACUUAGUUUGUAGUGAAGAGUGGCUUUAUUAUCGUAGGAAGCAUAAACUUGAUGAGACAUGGAUUUAUGCUUUGUGCAGGGACAAAUUGGAUCACGUUUGCUGUUAUGUAUUGGAUCCAACCUCAUCAAAAAAAUCUUGGAAGCUCAUUCAUGGGCUUCCGCUUCACAUCGUUAGAAGGAAAGGCAUGGGUUUUGAAGCUUUGGAAAAUAAGCUAUUCUUAUUGGGUGGCUGUGGCUGGUCUGAAGAUGCUACUGACGAGGUUUAUUCAUACAAUGCUUCCUCGAACUCUUGGGUUGAAGCUGCUUCCUUGUCAACUGCUAGGUGCUACUUUGCUUGUGAAGUUAUGGAUGAAAAACUAUAUGCUAUUGGUGGCAUAGGUUCAAAUUCAAGUGAUCCUCAUUCAUGGGAUACUUUUGAUCCAUACACAAAUGCUUGGACAUCUCACAGAGAUCCUAAUAUCGUUCCCGAAAUUGAAGAUUCAGUAGUUAUGGAUGGUAAAAUAUACAUCCGUUGUGGCAAAUCUCCAGUUACACCUCAUGUGUAUGCUGUCGUUUACGAACCAUCAAGUGGCACAUGGCAGCAUGCGGAUGCUGACAUGGUUUCAGGAUGGAGAGGUCCUGCAGUUGUUGUCAACGGAAUCCUUUUUGUUUUGGAUCAAAGUUCGGGCACUAGGCUGACAAUGUGGCAUAAAGAAAGACGCGAGUGGAUACUGGUUGGGAAGUUGUCACCAUUGCUUACAAGACCACCCUGCCAACUUGUUGCAGUUGGUAAAAGCAUUUACAUUAUCGGGAAAGGGCUUGGCACCGUCGCUGUUGAUGUUGGUGAUAUUGGAAAUAUGGGAAGGGUGAUGGUGGGUUCUUCUAUACCCAAAUUAGUCUCUGAUUACAAUGUAAUUAGUUGUAAAUGCUUGUCAAUCUGAAGAUUAAAGUGUAUUAUUGUUGCAUAAUUCUUUUUUCUCUUGUGUACUAUAAUGAUUGUUGUAUUAAGGUUUGUUUGAACUUAUAUGAGGAACUUAUUGAAAAC